AUGAUGUUGUUCCAUACUGUCAAGUCUCUCGCCAUCGGGCUGGCGCUCGGCGCCAGCGUGUUGGCGUCAGACUCCUCCCAUUCACUCGUGAGCCGUCGCUUGACUGAGUACCAGAUGCCAGUCGCUACUCAGACGCACGAGUUUGCGCACGUUCCGAACUCGAAUUUUGUGUUGUUGACGCAGAUGUCCAACAGCGAACUGAUUAAGAUCGAAUUGGACUCGACCACCGAAGAACCCAUCGCCUUCCACUCAUUCCCCAUGGGAAAGAACAGCACAACUUCAAUGCUUCACGGAGUAUGGCCCUCGACAAUCUACCCCGGAAUGAUGUGGUUGUCUUUACAAGGCGAAAAUAAGCUUCUUCUGGUGGAUCCAGGCAAGAAACUCUCGACUCCGCCGAUCAUCAAGAAAACUAUCAGCAUCCCCGCCCCGGGCAACGGCCCGCAUUGUGUUUUUGAAAUUGGUAACCGCGUCUGGGCUGGUCUCAAGGUGGCCUCUGAGCAAACCGGAAAGUACUACGUGUACUCAGCCGACAUCCACAACCCCAAGAACCACACCUUAUAUCCCGCCCUCAACAGUCCCGUAUUCAUCAAGGAGGAACCAACCACCGGCUUGAUCUACGUGACCCAAGACAAUGACUCGUCCAUCAUGCGCAUCAAUGCCACCAGCGGCGAGACCAAACAAAUGCACGUCCCGCCUAGCGUCGGCAACAACGCCGUCGGCAUGAUCUCCGCCACCGGUCCCCUGGGUGGUGUCUGGUUCACACUGGCAGGUAAUGCCACCGGAGGCACCGGCACAUUCGGCCACAUCGGAGCAUCAGGCAAGAUGCAGUUCUUCAAGCUGAAGCACCCGCUGCUCGGCACCAACGCCGGCUUACUGCACAUCGCCGAUGCGUCGACCGCGGCCGGUCCUGCCCUGUGGCUCUUGUCGACCUCGCUGCUGAGCACCGAGUCGCCCGAUGCCUUGAUCCGGGUGACUUUUGACGACGCCAUGAAGUCUAUCGCGGAUGAAGAGUACAUCUCCAUGCUCACUCAAAAUGCCAUGGUGCGCCGCAUCCUGCCCCUGAACCACACGGUGCUGGUCUCGGAGCUCCACACAUUUACCCUCGCCCAGCUCUCGUACAAGAAUACCGUGGCUGGGAAGUGGUUGCCUGCUCAGGCUGUCACUAAUACCUCGGUUUACACUGAGGCCAGUUGA